ACUAGGCAAUAAGACCUUGAGGUAUUAUUCUGAAUUCCCGACUCUUCAUUACAAGUCUUCAUUAACCAAACUGUUAAGAUAUUUAGCAUUAUGAACACUAAUUGGACUACGCAUUAAGAGAGCCUCGAUACUACUAGAUUUUUUAGGCUAUUGCGCUUGUUUGGACUAUAUUGUUGGCUUACGAAACGUUGAGUCAAUCAUGGGGAUUAAAGUUCACAUCUAUACGCAUCACACAGCCGUAGCAGGGCGAAGGUUUGCCUUUGCAAUAGGCUUCAUUUAGGCAGGUACGCUUUCUUGGUAUCGAUAGGCAAGUUCUUGACCAGCUGGGAAGCAUUAAACUGCAUUAGCUGGCUAAAGGAAGUGUUGAACUUACCGUCCAGCACCAUGAUUUCAAACACGGAAGAAAACAUCAACGGGCAGACGAGUUUCGCUAGCUGUACCCCUGGUUCCACCAUUUGUACGGCUGGCAAGUAUAGCAGCUUUUUCCGUUAUAUCCGCCGCCCCGUGCCUCUUAACUUCUGGGAGGAAGUGAAGCUGCUUUCAAAACUAGCUGGGCCCGUGUUUGUAUCCCAGUUGAUGGUGUUCUUGAUCAGCUUUGUAAGCUCUGUAUUUUGUGGACAUCUGGGCAAAGUAGAACUGGAUGCUGUCACACUUGCCAUAGCGGUCAUAAAUGUUACAGGUAUUUCUGUAGGGUCUGGAUUAUCUUCAGCGUGUGACACUUUAAUUUCUCAGACGUAUGGAAGUAAAAAUCUGAAACGUAUUGGUGUCAUCCUACAGAGAGGAAUCCUUAUUCUGCUGAUAUGCUGUUUCCCUUGCUGGGCACUUUUUAUCAACACUGAACAGAUUUUAUUAGCAGUUAAACAGGCGAAGGAAGUAGCCAGCUUAUCACAGCUAUAUGUGAAGAUUUUUAUUCCCGCCUUACCGGCAGCGUUUACAUACCAACUGCUGUCAAGAUAUUUACAGAACCAGGGUAUAAUUUUGCCACAGAUUAUUUGUGGCAUUAUAGCGAAUCUUCUGAAUGCACUAGUAAACUACAUUUUUAUAUUUGUGCUGCACCUGGGAGUAGUGGGGUCUGCAGCAGCCAACACCAUCUCUCAAUUCUUACAAGCUAUUUUGCUGCUUAUAUACAUCCGGUGGAAAAAGUUACAUACAGCAACUUGGGGAGGAUGGUCCACAGACUGCUUGCAGGAAUGGGGACCUUUUGCGUGGUUGGCUGUUCCCAGCAUGCUGAUGCUUUGCAUUGAAUGGUGGACCUAUGAGAUAGGAAGCUUUCUGGCAGGUCUCAUUAGUGAGGCGCACCUAGGAGCACAAUCUAUCAUAUAUGAAUAUGCCACAAUAUUGUAUAUGGUACCUCUUGGAUAUGGUGUUGCUGUUAAUGUGAGAGUGGGGCAUGCUUUGGGUGCACGGAAGCCACACGAGGCAAAGGACUCCUUCAUCACUGCUCUGUUAUGUUCAUGGAGCCUUGCAAUCAUAAUCACUGCAGUCUUUGGAGGAUUAAGGAAUUAUGUGGCCUAUAUGUUUACCACAGACAAAGACAUCAUUGCAUUAGUCGCAGAAGUUGUUCCAGUAUUUGCUCCUUUCCUUCUCUUUGAUGCAACUGCUUGUAUAACUGGUGGUGUCCUACGAGGCUGUGGGAAACAGAAGAUUGGAGCUAUCUGUAUCAUCAUUGGAUAUUAUGCAGUUGGUUUGCCUAUAGGCAUCCCUCUCAUGUUUGCAGCCAAACUUCAUAUUGUAGGUCUGUGGGCAGGGCUGCUCAUCUGUUCAGCUUGCCAGUCUGUGCUUUUCUUAAUAAUGUGCUUCAGAAUGAACUGGAACAAAGCAGCAGAUGAGGCUCAAGUUCGAGCUGGAGUGAAAGAACAGGCCUCAAAUAACAUGAAUGUGAAUUCUGCAGGAAUGGAAAAUCCUAACUAUACCCUUCCUCGAGAUGAUAAUAUCAGGCUGUCUGACAUCACACUGGGUGAGAGCCACACAGAUGCUGAAGAGCUGACUCCACAGGACAAUAAUGCUUUUGCUGUCAUGGUUGUAGGGGAAAUUUUACCACUCAAGCAAUUGGUAAUUCGCCGCAGUCUGGUCGUACUUGGUGGGAUUCUUGUACUAGCAGUAGGACUCGCAAUAAAUCUCGCAGUUGGAAAUGGAUAGACUUCAGAUGCAAUGCAUGCAGUGAUAAAAAGAAAAAAUCACAUGACUGCUGAGGUUUGUACUUUCAGACCUGAUGAGUACUACUAGCAGGCAGCAGUGGUAACAGCGGCUGUGGAGUAAGAUGUGACUCUAAAUGCCUGGUUUGUUGAUUCAUCAAAAUGAGUAAUUACAGAAUGAAAGUAUUUCAGUUAUGCAUUCAGUUGAUUACUUCUGUUUUCCUUGUUUUGCUCUAGCCCUGCAUUCUUGGAUGCCUCUUUUCUUAACAGUGUUUGGCCGCCAUAUCUCUGCUGCUUUAGGGUGACAUCUCUCUGGACAAAGCUCCCAUGUUGCAUCAUAUCCCAGUUAUUUCAAUAUCCCCUAACCCUGAAGAAGAAUAUUUGAAAAUUGAUGUUUCUCUGAACAUUAAAUGUCUUCUGUCCUUUUCCAAAACACCAUACCUUACAUUCUGUCCAUUAACUGCAAUAAAGGUUCAUGCUGUCAAGGAAUGAA